AUAGACGAGAUCACCCACUUUAUUGCCUCCGGCAUGAAACUCUUUAUUUUGUUGGCUCUCUUCUGCCAGAUUCUCCUUUCUUCUGCCAGUUUUGACCAUGACCACGCCUACAGGAAGUGCAACGGAAUCGUCUACCUAUCUUGUAAAGACUAUUGCGACAGGGGCUGUAAAAAUAACGUGCCCGACUGCUUACACCGCUGCUUCAAAGGAUGUGGAUGUGUUGCAGCCUCAAUCCUACGGAAUAAUGGAGGAUGCAAGCGGAUUGUUCAGUGCGAAAAGAAUGAGAAAGAUUCCGUCUCCCUUGAAAAUCAAGAUUACUCCGGGCAAUAUGUGACAGCUUGGUGGGUAAGCAGUGAAGAGGAACAUGGCCACUCAGACGAAAUCGUUAAAAAGGCAAAUGAACACAGCCACUCAGAGGAAAUCCAUAAAAAGGAAAAUGAACACAGCCACUCUGAGGAAAGACUGGAUGAUGACCAUCAUUUAAAUGCUUUCGCCGAUGAUGAUGACAACGCUGUGCAUGAGGACUCUCACGAUCACUUGUAUUAGACACAAAUGAUGAACAUGAGAUGAAUUAAAUUUCGAUUGUUCUUUAAGUUAUUUCUUUGUCGAAAUAACAUAAACAUCUUUUAUUCAAAAAUAAAAUAUGAAAUGAAAUUUUUAAAA